CGUCUUCGGCGCUGCCCAUCUCCAACCAUGGUGGCACGGACAAGCGAUGCAGCAACCGCCGUGCCGUGUACUGUACAUACUGGCUACAUAGUUGGAGUGCAAGGUGCGCUAACAAGGUGCUGUGCAAGAUACUGCAAGAGUUGGCUUCAAGCCGCGCGGCGCUGCAAAGAGGGUCGUACAAGCUGCCACGUUGCUCUGUCUUUGGGCCCAGCGACAUAGACACACGCUUACUGCGGCCUCCUGCUUCUUGUACACAGUACAUCUCGCCAUAUGAAGCUCACAUCGACGUUAACCGGGAGAGACUUGCUCGAGAGCCUCCAGUGGUUCUACGAGCAGUCGCCACCGACAACCGGCUCCACUUCGCCGAUCGUUGCGAGCCCCAUUCGACAACGACGGGGAAGUACGGUGACCCAAGACCAGCUGCACGCGGUGCAGCUCAAGAUCGAAGCGCACCAAGAGCGUACGCGCGACGCUGGCGUCCUCAACACAAUCGCAUGGCUGCGCGCCCACGACGACGAACAGACCGCGCCAAAAGCCACGGGUUUUCUUGCGUCCGUGCUGCAGUUUUUGCAUGUCACUGACGACCCGGUCCUUGCCACGGACUCGAGUAGUACCAAGACUAGCGACAAGCCGUCUUGGCGUCUGCCGCGGCACUGGGCCGAGCACUCGCUCCGCGUACAGUGGAACGAGCUCGGAUACCGGCUCCUCAACGCUCCGUUCUAUGUCGACAUGAUGCAGGCGCGCAAGAUCAUCCUCUCGGGCGAGCUCCUGUAUGCCACCGACGACGAGUGCAAGGCGUUUGCGAGUUGGCUCGACGGGUUCUUCGUGCACAUUGAACUCCUCCAGCAGCUCAAGCAGCGCUUUCUGCGUCUCAAGAGCGCUCUCUGCGGCCGACAGCUCACCGUCUCGACCCAAUAUGGUCGCGCCAACUCGCUCUACAACGAGUCGAUUCGGUUCAUGCACGCCAAGCCGAUCGCGCUCUACGGCGAGAAGGUCCUCGAGUUUCUCAACGAGCUGGAGAUGACGCUUUGGGACGAAGAAGAGGCAAUCGCCGACGUCAACCGACACAUCACCAACGCUGACGACGAGCGACACGCGGUCGCUUGCCUCUUUGCCGAAGUGAAUGCGACCGAGCCCGCCGGCGUCGUCGUUGCCAAGCUCGUGGCGUGGAUGCCCCAGGCGCUCGACGCCAGCGAUGUCCGCGCCUUUGUGCAGCUGUUUGGCGACGACGUGCAAAGCUGCAUCUCAGGCAUCUGGCUCCGUGCGUACGCCCAGCACCUGCACCUCCUUGAAGCCUUUGAGGUCGACUUGAGUGCCACCACAGCCUACUCGCGGUCCCGCGUCGAUGUAUCACCGUUGCCUUCCACUAGCUACUAGUCUGUACGAAACCACUAUCUAUUCACUGGCCUCCCAAUAAGUUCUUACGCUUUCUUGGUUUAAAUGACGUGGCAGCCUCUGCGCGUAACGAUCUUCCACGUUGCACUUGUCUUGGUCGAUGACUCA